AUGGCCCCGCGGCUGCAGCUGGAGAAGGCGGCCUGGCGCUGGACCGAGACCGUGCCGCCCGAGGAGGUGACGCAGGAGCAUAUCGAGGCGGCCUAUCGCAUUGGGCUGGAGCCCUGCCAGCGCGGCGUGUGCAGAAGAAACUGCAGAGGAAACCCAAACUGUUUGGUUGGGAUUGGUGAACAUGUUUGGCUAGGAGAAAUUGAUGAAAAUAGCUUUCACAACAUUGAUGACCCAAACUCUGAACGGAGGAAAAAGAACGCCUUUGUAGGCCUAACAAACCUUGGAGCCACAUGCUACGUGAACACUUUCUUGCAGAUGUGGUUUCUUAACUUGGAACUUCGGCAGGCCCUUUACUUGUGUCCAAGCACCUGCAGUGAAUAUGUGACUGGUCAAGGCAUCCCAAAAGACCAAGAUUAUGAACCCCAGACAAUUUGUGAACAUCUUCAGUACUUGUUUGCGUUGUUACAGAACAGUAAUAGACGAUACAUUGAUCCCUCCGGGUUUGUUAAAGCGCUAGGUUUGGAUACAGGACAACAACAGGAUGCCCAGGAAUUUUCAAAGCUAUUCAUGUCACUACUAGAGGAUACUUUGUCUAAACAAAAAAAUCCAGAUGUACGGAACAUUGUUCAAAAGCAGUUUUGUGGAGAGUAUGCGUAUGUCACUGUCUGUAACCAGUGUGGCAGGGAGUCCAAACUCAUAUCGAAAUUUUAUGAACUGGAGUUAAAUAUCCAAGGGCACAAGCAGUUGACAGACUGUAUCACAGAAUUUCUUAAGGAAGAAAAGUUAGAAGGGGACAAUCGUUACUUUUGUGAAACUUGUCAGAGUAAACAAAAUGCAACAAGGAAGAUCAGGCUGCUUAGUCUUCCAUGUACACUCAACUUGCAGCUGAUGCGUUUUGUGUUUGACAGACAAACUGGCCAUAAGAAAAAGUUGAAUACUUACAUUGGCUUUUCUGAAUUGCUUGAUAUGGAACCUUUUAUGGAACAAAAAGAUGGUGUCUAUAUAUAUGAACUUAGUGCAGUUCUUAUACACAGGGGAGUGAGUGCAUACUCUGGUCACUACAUUGCUCAUGUGAAAGACCCACAGACUGGUGAAUGGUACAAGUUUAAUGAUGAAGACAUAGAAAAGAUGGAGGGGAAGAAAUUGCAACUAGGGAUUGAGGAAGAUCUAGCAGAGCCUUCUAAAUCUCAGACUCGUAAACCCAAGUGUGGGAAAGGAACUCACUGCUCUCGAAAUGCUUACAUGUUGGUGUAUCGACUGCAAACACGGGAAAAAUCUCUAACAGCAGAAAUCCCAACUUUUCUGCAGGAGCUCGUCGAACGGGAUAACUGCAAGUUUGAAGAGUGGUGUAACGAAAUGGCAGAUAUGCGUAAACAAAGCGUGGUCAGAGGCAAAAUCAAACAUGAAGAGGUGAAGGAGCUCUACCAAAGGUUGCCUGCUGAAGCUGGGUGCCCGUAUGAGUUUGUCUCUCUUGAAUGGUUACAGAAAUGGCUGGAUGAAUCUGCCCCUCCCAAACCCAUAGAUAACACUGCAUGCUUGUGUUCACAUGGCAAAUUGCACCCUGAUAAAAUAUCAAUUAUGAAGAGAAUAUCUGAGUAUGUUGCUGACUACUUCUACAGGAGAUACGGAGGGGGGCCCAGGCUAAAUGUUAAAGCACUUUGCAAGGACUGUGUGGUAGAGAGAUGUCGAAUACUACGACUGAAAAACCAAUUAAACGAAGACUAUAAAACUGUCACAAACUUGCUGAAAAUUACAGUAAAGGGUAAUGAUGGAUUUUGGGUUGGAAAGUCAUCCUUGCGGAGUUGGCGUCAGUUGGCUCUGGAACAAUUAAAUGAACAAGAUGAUGAUGCAGACCAGAAUAAUGGAAAAAUGAAUGGAGAUGCACAAAACAAAGAUGAGUCCAAUGAAGAAAAGAGGGAGGAGGAAGAGGAGUUAAAUUUUAAUGAAGACCUUGUUUGCCCACAUGGUGACCUAUGCAUAUCAGAAAAUGAAAGGAGGGUUGUUUCUAAAGAAGCCUGGAAAAAGCUCAAGCAGUAUUUUCCUAAGGCCCCAGAAUUUCCAAAUAGCAAAGAGUGCUGUUCCCAGUGCAAGAUUCUGGAAAGAGAAGGAGAGGAAAAUGAAGCCCUGCAUAAGAUGAUGGCAAGUGAGCAGAAGACUGCUCUGCAGAACCUGUUCCAAGACAAAUGCAGACCGUGUCUUGGUAGCUGGCCUCAGGAGACAGAUGAGCUCUACAUUGUAUCACAGUUUUUUGUAGAAGAAUGGAGGAAAUUUGUAAGGAGGCCUACAAGAUGCAGUCCUGUAUCAUCAGUAGGAAACAGUGCUCUUCUCUGCCCACAUGGGGGCCUCAUGUUCACAUUUGCUUCCAUGACCAAAGAAGACUCUAAACUUAUAGCUCUAAUAUGGCCCAGUGAGUGGGAGGCAAUACAAAAACUAUUUGUUGUGGAUCACAUUAUCAAAAUCAUCAGAAUGCAAACUGCUGAGACGAGCCCUGAGAGCACGCUUUUCGAUUCUGAGCCCAAGUUGUGUCCAGAAUGCAGAGAAGGAUUGUUAUGCCAGCAGCAGAGGGACCUGCGUGAGUACACCCAGGCCACCAUCUAUGUACAUAAAGUGGUGGAUAAUAAAAAGGUAAUGAAGGAAGCUGCUCCAGAACUGAAUGUGAGCAGUUCAGAAGCUGAAGAGGAAAGGGAGGAAGCCAAACCAGAAGGGGAACAGGAUCCAGAUUUUAACCAGACUAAUGGUGGUGCGAAACGACAGAAGAUAUCCCACCAGAACUACAUUGUUUAUCAAAAGCAAGGCAUCAGACGGAGCACGCGACACAGAAAAGUCAGAGGGGAAAAGGCACUACUUGUUUCUGCCAACCAGACAUUGAAAGAGCUGAAAAUACAGAUCAUGCACGCAUUUUCAGUUGCUCCGUUUGACCAGAAUUUGUCAAUCGAUGGGAAGAUACUAAAUGAUGACACUGCAACACUUGGCGCCCUUGGAGUCAUUCCAGAGUCAGUCAUUUUAUUAAAGGCUGAUGAACCAAUUGCAGAUUAUGCAGCAAUGGAUGAUGUUAUGCAAGUUUGUAUGCCUGAAGAAGGAUUUAAAGGGACUGGUCUUCUUGGACACUAAUGUUUUUUUA